CCUGAACGUCCGAUGGGACUUCCGCAGCUUCUGAUUGGCUGCAGGAGCUUUCUGCAGCCAAUCAGAAGCCAUGCUUUGGUUUCUGAAUGUUUUGGAAGUCGAACGGGCUUCCGGAAUGGAUUCUGUUUGACUUCCAAGGUAUGACUGUACAACCUUUAGAAGACAUCUGAAGGCAGUCCUGUAUUGGAAAGGUUUUAAUGUUCGAUGUUAUAUUAUGUUUUUAUACAUGCUGGAAGCUACCCAGGUGGCUGGGGUAUUAUUGUUGCUGUUGUUAUGAUGAUGAAAUUCCUUCAGAACAAUUUAUGGCUAUGUGUCUCUGCACAUAAUGAAUGUGGGCAGCUUGUGUUUUCAUAUUGUAAGCCUGAUUUUUACCUACUACAUAUUUUUUCUCAAGCUGACCUCCAUUUUUUGAUGCCACAGUUUUACAUGCUGAAGUGACCAUCUGCAUACUUUAGCCCCAGGUAAAUGACAAAGCGCCAGGGUCUUUGUCUAGUCACAGAUUGGUGAUCACCAGUAUUAAUAGAUAGGAUUAGCAAAUGCAAGCAGGCCAGCAGGCUGCAAAGCUGCUACUUGUCGCCUUAGAUUCCCCUCUGCCUUAUCAGUCUCGGGGCUCCAUAGAAAGAGAGCGAUCAGAGGUUUCAGGACAGCAGAGGUCGGUUUCUUUCUCUUUGCACCAGGACCUGGGUCAGAAACUACAGAAAAUGUCUUUUCAGAGUUCCCCUCAGGCACCAUGGAGAAACAACAAUAUCUCCUUUUUGAACAAAGACGCUCCUGUCUCAGAACAAGGAGAGAAGAUCAUUGGCUUCUAUCUACUGGCUCUGGGUAUGUAUAUGGAUUUAUGCAUUAAGCAUGCCUGCAAAAUUCACAGGGACUUCUGUUGAGCCUAAUUAGUUGCAGCUCUUAUUGAAACAGAACAGCGGUGCAUUUUUACUAAAGAAAACAUUGAAACAUUUGGAAGCGGGAAGACAAUAUUGUUAAGUCCAGGUAAGAUGAAAUACUGGACUUUAACUGGAUUAGCUCCCAUUCAUUUCAAAUGGAAUUAAAAUGGCUUGAGUCCAAAUACUUGGGGUUAACCAGCCUACAUAUAAUCCAAGCUGCUCCUCUACUAAAGUGCAGUUGAAGAUUCUUUGGCAAAGAAAUAAAACGGAUGGGAGAAGAAUCAUGUGCAGAAAUAGAUGACCUCAUAUUAUCCUAGUGAAAUACUGCUGUCACUUAUUUACUGUUCCAAUACUCUACCUCUUGCUAACUAAAAGAUGUAUUUGCUUUGCAUGCUAAAAAUAAUUCAGUUUAUUAAAGUUUGUGUGUGAUGUAUGUAGCUGAUAAUUUCCAAGGUGAUUACUGUGUUAGUCUGUUGCAGCAAAUAUAAAAAUAUUGUGGAACAAUAAAAGACUAAUAAAUUAUGCCAUUUGCCCUAUUAAAUUUGUAAGACUUUAAGCUACUUCUGCAUUCAAAAAAGUAAUCUACACUGUCUAACAUUUACUGUUACAAGCAUUAUUAAACUGUAGACAUUUGAGUACAGAAGUUUGAACAUACUGGCACUGCUGGGCUUACUUAAUAAUAAAACAGCAGUGCUGCAUUCCCCACCCCCUUUAAGAUACUGACCCUGUAAUAUAACAAGCUGGUGAAUAGCUGAGGCCUAUCAUAGGAAUAUCACUGUUCUUAUAGACCCAAUAUUUUAGAGAGUCCUAGUGUCAAGAUUUUAAACAUUUUAAAUAAGCGAGACACUAUCAAGAGUAAGAGCAGAAUCUUCUUAAUUCUUAAUUUUUAAUGCAUUCGAUAUUCCGAAGUUGCUAGAUAACGUUCUACAUCGGUAUUAGUGAACUAAAUAUGUGUUUUCUAAGGCAAUGGUCAAAAUUAUUGAUGCAGUUUCUCCUACAAUUUUAACAUGGGAGGACAGCUGGUUGAAUUGUUCUUUUAUUUUCGACUUUUUCUUUUUUACUUUAGCUGAUUAGAACUUUGUUUUACAUAUGAAUGCAAUAAUUCAAAAUUGAAGUGGUUCUUUUCUGAUAUAGGAGUGCUUUGUUAAAAUUAAUUCACACAGAGAAUGUGAAUACCCAUUGCCCUAACCCAGAGCGUUCCAAACUUUUCAUGUUGGUGACACACUUUUUAGACAUACAUCAUUUCAUGACACAGUAUUUCAGUUUUACUAGCAAACUGGAGGUUAAACUAACCCCUUUCCAGCCCUGGGAGGAGCACGGGAAGCGUUCGCGUGACAGACAUACACACUGCAACUGACACACUAAAGUGUUGGGGCAAACAGUUUGGAAUGCUGUCUCCUAACCUCACCUCUCACCUGUGUUUAGCAGAAGGAGCACCUCCAACACGAUGUAGUGUGUUGUAAACCGCCCAAGAUGUUGGCCUUACUAUGGUAGGAAUAGAUGAAUCUGUCAACUUCAGUUUCCCUCAGUUUCACAUUUUUCUACUCUUCAGUUCUCCCUAUCUCUGCAUCAGUUUGUGAAAUUAAAUUUUAAAAGUCCUCAUGAGACCUGAUCAGCAUUUCACUGCAGAUUUCUCCCAAUAUUCACCUUAUGUAUGCAAUUUUGCCCAAUACAUUUCUGUAUGCAAUAUGUAUAAUGCAUUUUUGUAAACUCUUUUCACUAAUAUAUACAUUUGAUGCACAUUUCCCCAAUAUGUGCAUUUUUGAAAACAGUUUUUGAUCAGAGAACUCCAUUGCCAGAUUCAGAAAGGUACGAGUUUGAAAUACAUUUGUGUAAACCAUUUGGAGGUUUUGAUGAUUAAGUGGUAUAUAAAUCCUGUUAAACAGAUAAAUAAGAAGAAGAUUCUUAUUCUGCAUCCCUGACAGAAUUUUAUAGGAGGUGCUCCCUAAUGUUUAAUCGCCACUGACAACCACCUCUUAGUUUAAAACCCUUUUUUUGUCCUUGUAAUCAUCAGCUGUUAAGUAAUUAGGGCUUUAAGUGUCAUUAGUGCACUAUGUUUGUUUAAAUGUGCUUAAUUGUUGUUCUAGCACAUAACCAGUACUUACUGAAGUAACGAUGUUCUUUGAUUUGUCUUAACUGGAGUUUGGGCAGUUUGCUUGCCUUACGUUGCACAACCACGGUCUUCAUCUUCUUCAGUCUGGAUGGGCAUGUGGAAAACAUAAUGAACUAGAAAGUCAUAAAAAACGAACACAAAAUUAAACCUGAAAGUCUGUAUUUGCUGAUUGUUUGUAUAUGUGUCACUUCCUCUUUAAACAAAAAACAAAGCAGAAUUGUGGAGAAAGAAGAGAAAACCAGAUUCAUAAAAGAGGGCUAGACAAAUUCAUGGAGGAUAAAGCUAUCAGUGACUAUGAGCCACAAUGACUAUCUUUGCCCUGCAGCUUUGGAGGCAGUAUGGCUUUGAAUUCCACUUUCUAGGAACCCCAAGUGAGGAGAGCGCGCUUGUGCUCAGGUCCUGCUUGUGGGCUUCUCAAAGGCAUCUUGUUGGCCACAGUAAGAGCAGGAUGUUGGACUAAAUGGACCUUUGGUCUGAUCAUACCAGGCUUUCCUUGUGUUCUUAAAAUUAUCUUCAGAUAAACUCAAGGAUGCCCAAUUCAAAAAAGGAAAGGGAAAUGGUUACAUGUCCAGUGGGUUGAAAGCCUCUUGAUAAACAGAUGGUCCCCAUCUGCAGAUUGAUGUUGCAGAGUAAGAGUGGGGAACCUCCAGCCUGGGUGCAGGAUGCAGCCCUUCAGGCCUCCUCAUCCAGCCCUUCCUUGUCCAUGCCACAGUCCUCACUGGCCCCGCUCUGUGCUCUCUUAAGUGCUUUUUCCUGGCUGGAAUGGGUCUUUGAUCUGCAAUGAGGCCUCUUUGCUUGCCUUGCUGGAAAAAGAUGCACAUGGAAACCUUUAUCUUUUUCACGGCUAGAACGUAGCCCACUGUACAAAGGUAAGAGCCCUUUCAUGCACUUUUGCCUCUGAUCUGCCCCACUAUGAGCUCUCCCUCCUCUGAUCUCUCCCACCAACGUGGCCUCCAAAGGCUUCUGCAUGAUGGAAUCUGGCACUCAGAUGGACAAAGGUCCCUCAACCCUGUGGUGAAACUUUCUAAAUCCUGCCUUUACCAAGUCUCUUUGACCCUUCAAGCAAUGCUUCUUGAAGAAACUACUUUUGCUUGUAUGACCAUCUUACCCAUCAGUCUACCAGUAUUAUUUCCCUAUGUCUGGGAAGAAGUUACAUGCAUUUAUUUUAAUGGUAUGCUCCUAUCUCCUCUAUAGGGUUUCCUGGUCAGGGGCAUCCCAUACCUUGAUUUCAGGGCCAAAUCUGAGGCCUGAGGGCAUGUCCCUGGUCAUCUCAUUAAGCAUGACACAAUCCUAACCAUUAUCUACUGAGAACUAAGUCCUAUGAUGUUCAAUGGGCUAUUAGUAAGGCUUGACUAUGGAUCCUUCACAAACUUAUCCAUAGCUCAUUGUCAACUGCUCUUGAACAGCUGGCUUUAACAAUGCAAUUGGCCAUCAGUACUGCAUGCAUUUAAUUUCCUUCUGACCUCACCCUCCUCAUCAACAUGUAUGCUAUUAUACAGUUUGUUACUUUUUAAGGUACCACAACAUAUUCUUGCAUGUUCAUUAAAAAGCAAAUAAAAUACAUUUAAGAGUCCCAUUUCUCACUUACGUUCAGCUGAUUGCAGCACUACAAGGUUCCAGUGUAGAAGCUGCAAUAAUUAUAAUGUUGUGUGUUCGUGCUGUGAAGUGUUUCCUACUUGACAAGGGCUGCUUUUUGCAGCUUUUCAUUCUGAGCAUUUCCUUUUAUUUUCCAGGUUGGAUGUCUUGGUUUGGGAACAGCAUUGUAAUUUUUGUACUCUAUAGACAGCGGGCUACCCUUCAGCCCACGGACUACUUGACAUUUAACCUAGCUGUAUCUGAUGCCAGUGUGUCUGUCUUUGGUUAUUCCCGAGGGAUCAUUGAAAUCUUCAACGUAUUCAGAGAUGAUGGAUUUCUGAUCACAUCCAUAUGGACUUGUCAGGUAAGAACUAAAUUUCAGUGGUUUGGCCAGUCAUGAAACAUAAAUAUCAUAUAAUCCAUGGCCUAGUACAGACACAAUGCAUUCCCUCCUCACCUCUCCAGAGCAAGUUCAACCACCUUUCUUCCCUUGUCACUUUAAUCAUGGAUUAGUGUUACUUCUACACCAAGGCUAACCAUGUCCUGCAUCUUAUUCAUUAAUUGGAAGGUGGUUUACAAACCCUAGUUAAGUGGUUAGGGCAGAUAUAAUGCCAUACCAGUGCUGCACAACUUGUGAAUCACUAAACCGAAUACCUUUCACCAACUACAUACAAGUAUCCAGCAUUCAGUAAACUUCCCAUUUAUUUUUUUCUCCCUGAUGUGCAAUACAAAAAACGGGAGGAGGGGUCCUCAAGUACUUGGCAGGUCAUGAUACAGUGGAACCUCGGGUUAAGUACUUAAUUCGUUCUGGAGGUCCGUUCUUAACCUGAAACUGUUCUUAACCUGAAGCACCACUUUAGCUAAUGGGGCCUCCUCCUGCAGCUGCGCCGCCGGAGCAUGAUUUCUGUUCUUAUCCUGAAGCAAAGUUCUUAACGCGAGGUAAUAUUUCUGGGUUAGCGGAGUAUGUAACCUGAAGGAUAUGUAUCCUUAGGUACCACUGUAUAUGUCGGUGAGGCUCUGUUGGGUGCACUCUGUGCUAAAUGAAGAUCAAUGCGGGAAAGAGAGGGGUGGAUUUACUCCAGCAUUUACAAGUGCUUCCUUUGGUGGGAAAAAAAAGUUGGAGUUGGUCCAGCUAAAUAAAUAAAUAAAUUUUAAAAGGUGCAAUGAAAAAUCAUUGACAUCUUUGCUCAAAGCUUGGGAGACGAGCGGGAGAUAAUGCAACUUUUGGAUAUCCAGAUGACACUGAUGUUCAGUGGGCCACUGCAGUACCUGAACAUUGGCCUUCAAUUUUCAGUUAUAGGUAGCAUGUAAUCUUUUUUUCCCCAUGGAAAGUUGUCAGUUGGCUGCAAUCCUGUGCACAGUUAGGCUACAAGCCUGCACACAGUUAGGCAGCUUAAAUCCCACUGAUCCCAAAUCAAAUCAAUCAAUCAAUAAAAUAUCCAGUAAGAUUUAGGCAAUUGUAUUGAGUGCAGGUUUGCACUCUCUUUUGUAACUGAGCUGAAUUCAGGAUUACAUUUUCCUUUGGAUUAUUCAUUUUAUAGUUAACUUCUGGCUCCAUUUUGCCCAUAAAAACUGAGGGAUAGUGUUUCUGAGACCAUUUAGCAGGUAAUGGAAAUCCAAAUUGGGCCACGUUUUGGGCAGAGAUGCUGAAACAAAUGCCCCUUUAUUCAAUUUUCAUGCAAAAAUGUUAGUCAAGUGACUGUGUAAAUAUUUUAUUAAAACAAAUGCAUGUCCAUAACAGAGCUUUAAACAGAACAUAUGAGGAACGUUGUCCAUUUUUAAAUUAUAGAAGAAAUGUUUUUGCCAACAUUUCUUAAAAGUGUAGCAUGAGUUAAUUGCCACCUAAUUUGUUGAGAGGUAUGCCAGAUAUAUCAGGUGACAGAAAAAUUAUGUCUUUCUGCUGUCAGUGUUUGUUUGGCUGUCAUUUUGACUAGAACUCUGGCUUCACAAAACAAACUUUUGCCAACAACAACAUUCCAUUUUUAAUUAUUUUUCUAACCUGCAAAGAGGAAACUAAAAUUGUGUUAACAGACUUCAGAACGUGCAGUCACAGUAUGCCAUCAGAUUUCCAUGAAAUGACCAAUACUGAAAUCAUUGGUAAUAUUUUGAAGGAAAAUAAACCACACCAGAAUUUACAAUUUGGCUUUACAUGUACAAUAUGGAAACAUAUUUUUGCCCUUAAUUUAAAAUACCUAAUACUUGAUGUGUGUGAUACUUGGCGAACAAACUUUAUAUACAUAGGAGUGAAAUUCAUUUGUUCAGUGGUUUGGGAAGAGUUCCUAAGCAUUCAUUUCAUCAGACCUUCAUGUAAACAAGAUUGCUAAUUGUGCUUGAAAACUCUAAUAUAAGGAGAUGUUGCUGAGGGUGAGGUGAAACAUGAAUAGUAAGUUUUUGACGAUCAAGGGUUGAAUAAGUGAUUCUACACAAUAGAAUGGUACACAAUAGUGAACCAUAAACACCCAAUGUAGGCUGGGAAACAGGAUGGUGAGCUAAAUAAUAAUAAUAAUAAUAAAUCCCUGAUAGAUCAGCCCAAUGGCCUACUUUCGUACCCUGUUUCCAUGGUGGAAAACCAGAAGCCUAUGGGUAGCCUUCAAUCUGGACAUGAGAGCAAUAGCUCUCUCACACUGCUAUCCCCCAGCAACUGGUAUCCUGGAGGCAGCGUGUUGCCAUCAUGAAUAGUGGCCAUGGAUCGCCUUCUUAUUCUCUAUGAAUGUCUACUUUUCUUCUAGAGCCAUCUAAGUCGAUGGCUGUCACCACAUACUGUGGUAGCAAAUUCCAUUGUUUAAUAAUGAGGUAUGAAGAACUUUGCUGGGUUCAGAUGUUAUGACGAAUAAAAACUUCUCUCUAGCCACACCAUGCAUAAUUCAUUUCUGUACACCUCUAAUUUUAUACAUCUCUAUCACGUGUGUCCUUCCACCUUACUUUCUGAGCUAAAAGUCUCCAAGCAAUGUAAUCUUUUCCAACAAGGGAGUUGCUCCAGGCCCCUGAUCAUCCUGGCUGCACCUUUCCAUCUCUAUAAUAAUCCUGGCUGCACCUUUCCAUCUCUACAAUAAUCCUUUUUGAGAUGUGAUCACUGGAACUGUACCCAUUCUUCAAGUGUUGUCACAUCACAGAUUUGUAUGAAGGCAUUACAAUAUUGGCAGUUUUAUUUUUCCAAUCCCUUUCCUGAUGAUUCCUACCAUGUAAUUUGCCAGUUUCUUAGCUGUCACAGACUAUAUUUUCACUGAGAGAGCCACAACUAUCCAAAGUUCUCUGGUCAGUUACCGCUUAGUGAUUUUUGCUGCAAUGUGCACCUCUUUAACUCUUACUUCCAUUGAACCACAAUUGCCAUUUUAUUGCCCAUAUAUAUCUAGUUUGGAGAAAUCCUUUCAAAGCUCUUUGUAACCCUGUUUUUUGUUUUGUUUUACAAACCCUGAAUAAUUUAAUGCCACCUGCAAACUUGCCACCUCACUGCUCACUGCCUUUGGUCUGAUCUAAGAGGGCUUUUCUUAUGGCACCCUGACAGGAUCUGGCUGGAGAGGCCAGGGCCAUUAAACUCAGUGAGGAAAUUACUUCUGAGUAAACCUGCACAGGAUUAGGCUGCAUGGCUAAAUAUUCCUUCAAAAUGGGAACAGAUUCUCUAUUAGUACUGAGUUCAGAAUAUAGAGCUGGAAAGGAUUCUGUCUGGUACAGAAUAGAGGAAGUACCUACAGGUCCAGUGCUUCUGAGUAUGUUCAGUGUUUUCCCCCAUAAAGGAAAUCAGCUGGUGCUUUGAAAAUGGAUCUCACUAAUGGAUUUAUUUAAAAUAGCAGUGUUAAGACAUGCAAUAGAAAGAGGCCUGUGGUGACAAUAAAUGAAAAGGGGAAAAAAAAGAUUUAGGGAAUAGUGGGGCCUUAAAAUCCACCUACAUCUGCACUGGAUUGUGGCCUAAUUUGUUUACUGCGGCAGGAACGCUCAUGAUUCAAUACAUUCUGUACACCUUAACUACUGUACAGUGAACAGCAAGGAACACUGACUAACAUGCACAUGGAUUUACAAACUGCUGUUCCAGCAACAAGCAUCAAGGAUUAAAUUCCACCUGGGCCAAUAUAAUUCUAGCCAGUUGGCAGCCCAAGAGAGAUGGGGAAGAUAGGAAGGGAGCCAGGACCAUCUGCUGUAGCCAGAGGACUAGGAAUACAUGCGAACAUUUGAGGUUUUAAAAGGCUCUUAAGAUCACCAAAGAGGAUCAGACAGGAGGGCCAGGAGCUCUAGUGUGCAGUACAAGGUUUGUUUCUGCUGCAGUUAGUAAACCGUUGUGGGUUGCUAUGUUUUGCAUUUAGGGGUUGUGGGUUUUUAGUGGAAUUUUAUGCAUUGUUUUUGCCUUGUUUGAUUCUUCUGCAAACUGCUCUGUGGUUUGUGAAAAGACGAUAUACAAAUCAACUAAAUAAAUAUAAACCCAGGAGAAUAAAAAGGUCUUCAUUUGGUGCUGAAAAGACGUUGGAUAAAGUUCCAGAUGAGUCUCCAAGGGGCGGCUAUUCCAUAGCCGAGGUGCUACCACCAAGAAGUCCUUUUCCUCACUUCACUUGGAGGGGAACAUAGACCACAGCCUCUAAGGAGAGCAUGCAUAUAUAAGAGAAGGUAAUCAUUUAGGUUCCAAGAAAUUAAGGGCUCUGUAACCUUUAGACGAGCACUUUAAGUUGAAACCGCGGACAGACUGGGGGCCUAUGGAGCUGAAGAAACAUUGGCAGUGAAAGACAAAGUCCUAGUUAACAGUAUUGUAGCCUACAUUGAACCACCUGCAGUUUCUAGACUUUUUUAAAAAAAGAAAGGCAACACCACCCACAAUGCAUUGCUGUAGUCUAAAUACCAGAGCAUGGGUAACUGUGGCCAGGCUUUCUCUAUCCUGCUGGAUGGUUGCAGCUGGUGUAUCAGCCGAAGUUGAUAGAAGUACUCUAUUUAUCUCCUCAGUCCACCCUGCUAGCAUGCGUCAAAACUGACCCAGCGGUCCUCAAGAAACAGUUCAUUCCCUGGACGUGUUUAACCUUUUGCCUUGGCAGAGGCUGCCAACAUGGAUUAAUUAGUCAUGUCAGCUGCAAGGGAACUGACUGAAACUCAGACUGACUUUUAAAAAAUUCCCCGAAGCAUCAAAAUGCACACAGACUACAAUCCUAAAUGCUCAUACUAGGGAGCAGCCUCACAUAAUAUUGUGGGACUUACAUCUGAGUAAGCAACAUGUUUUAGAGUUGUGCUCACAGUGAUGUUGGUAUUCCACGUAUGUCUCAUCUGGUGAGUCUUCUCAUAUCGUGAGUUACCAAAACACAUUUGUUCAUGAAAGUAGUGUUCCGUGAGCAGCGUUUGGGAUUCUGGUGGACCUUAUCACUCCUAAUAGAGAACUCAGGCGUUGAGCGGCAACAGGACUAUUGCCAAAAAGGAGCCACUGGGAAACAAGAGGGAAGUAUCGUUGGUUGGCAUUCAUAUGUCCUGGGAGACCAUGGAGGAGUGCACCUUUGGAGGUGAAGUCAAACUUUUGGAAGGUUACAGCGCCUGCUGUGGCUGUAGAGACCAAUAUGGGGGAGACAUGUUUUGUUGCAGCUGGGGCUGAGGUAGGUGUCUGCUUGUGCUGCUGCAGAUGCAUCAUGGUGUUUCUUCUCUCUGCCCUCCUCCCAGUGGCCAUUCCUCCUCUGGUCACUGCUAUGGGUACAUGACCUGACUGUCAGUCUCCAGGCGGUCGUCUGCAAGCGGUUCCCACACAGCAGGGUUGAUGUUACCAGGCUCAUGUCAUGUUUGCAGGCAUCUUUGUAGCGCAGAGUUGGUCUGCCAGUGGGCCUCAUUCCUGAAGCCAGCUCCCCAUAGAGCACGUUCCACGUGAUUGAAGAUCUUCAUUGAAAGGUUUCCAAAAGUACAAAUUUCAAUUUUUUUUAUUAUUGUGAAUUAUGUAGGUUCACCUUCAAAUGCAUCAGUUUUCUCCUCCAUAUCUACGUAUAACUCAGGAUAACACUGCAUGGAUGGGACGAAGAGUCUGACCCCUGGAUAAAUAAUAAUCAGUUUUUAAAGUGCCACAGGAACAUUUGUUGGUAUUGCUACAGCAGCCUAACCCGAAUACCCCUCUGGAAAUUGUUAAAUGGAAUGGGCGUUGAGAAUUAGAUUCUCAGACUUAAUUAAGUAGUAGCUGAAGCACAGGUAUUCCUGGGGAUUCAUGCCUAUAUAUAGUUCAUUAUUCCUGACAUUUGUAUAAGAUGGAAAUAAAUAACAACCAAACCAUAGAACUGACAGCCCUUAAGAGCAUUAACAGAUAAAGCAGGUGGUAAAAGUGCUGAGGAGACACGCUGUGUAAGCUCACCUCAGCAUCCUGGUUAAUUAACAAUGGAGUCUCUUGAAAAUAAACUCACGGAGCAAAACCAAAAGCUGAAAGGGUGGAGGGAGCUUUUUCCCUACUAAUAUUUCCUGUUGCCUACUACCGUAUAGGAAAGAUGGUUGUGGGGGGAGAUUCCCUCCCCAAAAAUCUGCUUUACAAAUUCUGAUGUUGUCAGUCUUAAAAUAGAAUAUUUGCUGCUGUGUGACUACCAUGCAUGGAUCUUUCAGUGUCUGAAGGGCCUGGAUUUAUAGUUGCCAGUCAUACUGGAAAGGUAUGGCUAGAGAUAUGCUGGAAGAGGGAGAUCUUCAAAAGCUGCCCAAAAGACAAUAGAGAUGGCAACUGUCUUAACACUUAACAGACAGGAAUUGCUGUGGGUUGAUUCCUUCGCCUCCUGAUAAAAUGGUAUCUGCAGGAUGUCCCCCCCCCCACAAGAACACAGUAAUUGACAGGGUAUAUAAGGGGUGAGGUGAUGUAUCCUGAUCUCAAAAGGUUUAUACACUGACUAGUAGGAGCUCUCUGGGGUUUCAGAUAGGAGUGUAUCCUCUAAAAGGUAAGGACUUCCUAGGGUUAUCAACUUUUAGGGAGAAGUGUUCCUGUGUAUUAAACCUCUGGUGAGCAUACAGGAAUUUAGCAAGUGAAGCUUUUCUCACCCCUUAUAUUCAUACCAGAAAAAACUUCAUCUAUAUUUCUGUGUGUCAGGCUUUUGUUACGUGCACCAGAGUUGGGAGAAUAAAUGAAUUUGCUGUCUGAAGCUGAAGUCCCCAAAAACAUACAUUCCAUAUUUAGCAGCUCAGCCCUGUGCAUGUUUACCAGGAAGUAAUUGCUUUUGAGUUAAACGGGAAUUGCCCUCAAGCAAAGGCACACUGAGAUAUAGAUAUAGGGUUCUCUGGGCAUAUUGCAGUUUAAAAUAUGGGACCCUUCCUUGUGUUCAUGUCUUAGCACGCAAUCAGUGAACAAAAAUUUGUUACUCUCUAAAUUGCCCACAACAGUACUGAUGUAAUUGUGGGAUGGGAAGCAAAACUGACAAUCCGCUAAUAUUUUCUAAUUGGUAAGAAGAGCUGACAGAGUCAAUACUGAGAUUGGCUAAACAUCCUUGAUGUUUAGUAAAGUUGUCAGAGUUAAUUUGCCAGUUUAGAUGCCUGAGUGGUUAUUUUAUUCCACACUUCAGUAAGUAUGGUAACUUCUCAAAAAUCCAACAAAUAAUAUUCCAGUCACCAAUGUAGGUUAUUGGUGUAAUGUUUGAAUAGUCCCCAUUUGUUAAUGGAAUAUUAUUUGUAGGAUUUUUGAGCAGUUAUUGUAUGUAUGGAAGAAGAGAACUACACAGACCAAAUGAGUAAAUAAACUAGUCAAAUAAGCUAAAUAAGUUUUGGGCUUAUGCCCUCCCUCCUCUGUUCAUGCUCAGCACUUAGAAAAUUUUACAGCAAAUGAUAGUUCUUUGCCAUUUAAAGUCAUAGUCUGUUAUUUUCUUCAAACCAUUUGUUGUUGUUCAGUCAUUUAGUCGUGUCCGACUCUUCGUGACCCCAUGGACCAGAGCACGCCAGGCACUUCUGUCUUCCAGUGCCUCCUGCAGUUUAGUCAAACUCAUGCUGGUAGCUUCGAGAACACUAUCCAACCAUCUUGUCCACUGUCGUCCCCUUCUCCUUGUGCCCUCCAUCUUUCCCAACAUCAGGGACUUUUCCAGGGAGUCUUCUCUUUUCAUGAGGUGGCCAAAGAAUUGGAGUCUCAGCUUAACAAUCUGUCCUUCCAGUGAGCACUCAGGGCUGAUUUCCUUAAUUUCUUCAAACCAUAGUUUUCUGUAAACCAAGAAUGAUUGCUGUGGAAGGCAAGAGCCCACAAACACAAUGUUCAUCAAGAAUUGUUCUUGGAACACCAAACCAUGGUUUGGCAUUACCGUAUUUUUCGUCCCAUAGGGCGCUCCGUCCCAUAGGACGCACCUAGUUUUUUGGGGGGGAAAUAAAGGAAAAAAAAUUCCCUUUAUUUCCCCCCCCCCCAAAAGCAGGUCGGGGAAACCGAACAAGGUCGAGGAACAGCGGGAUGGCGGCGCUGCCCUCCCUGCUGUCCCCCGAGCUUGUGGGGCUGGCCGAUGUCUGCCCGGUGCGAGGGGCGCUCUGCUAGCCGCUGCGUGGGGAGCCCUGCGGGGACCGCCUGCAGGGCUCCCCACGCUGCGGAUGUCUGCCCGGCGCGCGGGGCGCUCUGCUUCAGGGCGCCCUGCCCGCCGGGCAGCAGGCUGCUAUCCCCACUGGGGGCCUGCGGACCUGUAGGUUCCCACGCGGAUGCGUCCUGGCGCCUCUGCUUUCAGGGCGCCCGACGCUCCGGGAAGCAGGCUGCUAUCCGCAGCCUAGACAUCCCUGCGGGACCUCCCGCAGGGCUGCCUAGGCUGCGGAUGUCUUCCUGAAGCCUGGAGAGCGAGAGGGGUCGGUGCGCACCGACCCCUCUCGCUCUCCAAGCUUCAGCGAAAGCCUGCAUUCGCCCCAUAGGACGCACCCAGAUUUCCCCUUCAUUUUUGGAGGGGGAAAAGUGCGUCCUAUAGGGCAAAAAAUACAGUAAGUUUUAAUGUGCUCAUUGCAUUAUUUGAAAAUCCCUAUUGAUAAACAAUUGCACACCGUUGUCAAGCUGCUGUUAAAACCACAAGAAUAGGGGUAAUGAAAUAGUACGCAACUCCAAGAACAUGUAAAUCCAAAUGGACAGCAGGACAACAAUAACACAAUGCAAUAAAAACCAGAUAUAAAGUAUCCUAAAAAUGAAAACAAACCAUACUAAAACUAAGAGACAGAAACUGAAAACCAAAUAUAUGUAGUCGCUUUCUAAUCAUUGGGGAAAGAAUCAUGUCUAAACCUUGUGCCCAAAGGACUAUAAAGUCAAUGCCAGUCCGUCAGAGCACCACCACAGUAAAGGUCUUUUCCUAGCAUAAGACACUUCAACAAGUGACAGUUCUUAGAGAAGACCUUACUGCAAGGGCAGGAUAGUAUGGGAGAAGGCAGGGCAUGCAGGGCUCUAUUUAGAACCUUAAAGGUAGGCAGCAGCACUUUGAAGUGUCACCUGAAGUGAAUGGGCAGUCAUUGAAAUACUCGUAAGAAGUUCUAUAAUUACCCACAUGACAGAAGUCUGGCAGCAGAAUUCUGAACUAAAUUCUGAAACUUCUGAGUUAUCUUUACGAGCAGCUCCAUGUAUACAGUUGUCCAACCGGGAGAUUGGCAGACAAGUGUGGAUCAUUGUAGCUAAGCUAUUUUAGCGGGUGAAUCGUUCCCUGGCAUAGGGAGUUUCAGCUGCUCGAUUUCUGCUUAGUUCUUUUGGCUACAGUCCACCCACAGUUAAGCACUUUGCAAGCCCCACUGACUUAACUGAGCCUCUUCCACUGAAAUCAAUGGCAUACUUCGAUUGACUGCUUCAUAGUCUUUCUCUGUACAGAAUGUUAAAUGCACUUUUAUUCUUUAUUUUGCGUUUCAGUAAUUCAGGAGCUUAGGAGUGUGUGUCUAAAGCAUGUGUUUGCUUGUUCAUUUAAUGUACUCCUCAACCACAUGAUUUAUCCCUGGUUUUCAGAUACCUACAUGUUCACUGAUCAUAUGGAUGAUAACUCUCCCUGACAUUCAAUAUUUCACUGAUAUCUAAAAUGCUUGUAUGCCCUAAAGAACAUAUGAGCUCACUGGCACCAUCCCAAUAUUUGUUAUUGCUCCUGGCAUUCUGAAACUUAGAUGUGGGAACAACCCUAUUACUAUUUGUUUUUCCAGGUUGAUGGAUUUCUGACACUGCUGUUUGGCCUUGCUAGCAUUAACACACUCACAGUGAUUAGCGUGACUCGCUAUAUAAAAGGAUGUCAUCCAGACAGAGGUAAGGUAUUUUGGACAACACAAACUGCAUGGCUUUGUGUUAUUAAGGCUUGAUAUCCUGUCUCACAGGUAUUCCUUUCUUACAACAGGCCAAACUUGCCCUAAUUUAAAUGUUUUUAAAAGAAAACUGGGUUAUUCCCUCCACCUUGAUUCUAGAGAAUCUCUUAUAGACAUAUUGUUCUAAUUUGACUGUAACAAUAAACCAUGGUUUAUCAUUAAGGUAGCAAGCAAGUGAACCUUAAACUUGUGCACACUCACUUGCCAUUUUCUCCUUUAUCAGGGCCAGGAGUAGUUCAGAAGUUUUUUGCUUCCACUCAAGACUAAUCACAGUUAAGCCUUGUGUCCAAACCUGGACAAAAUGCAGUUAGUCUUAACUAUAGUUUAUGAAGCUUUCUUGUUUCAACUGACCAUUGUAAAGAUUAACCACAGUUUACGGUUCUGGCAACACUGCUAAUCUGUGGUUCAUUAAAUCUGCAGCAAAACCUCCCAACCUAAGGCCUGCAAUCCCAAUAUUUCCAUCAAGGGUAGGGAAUCUACAAGGAUUCCUGGUUGCACAAAUGUAUCCAUGCCAUUUUUCUUUAUUAUGACUGUGUGCCUUAAGUGUACAAUAGCAAAAUGAGUUAAGCACCAAAUUUCUGCUGUGUAUUUCAGGGCAUUGUAUCAACAAUAGCAACAUCAAUGUGGCCCUUUUUCUUAUAUGGAUAGCAGCUUUCUUCUGGUCAGUAGCUCCAGUCCUGGGAUGGGGCAGUUACACAGGUAAUUAAUUUCUCUCUAGGAGAAGGUCUUUGUGGGAAUUUCUCUCUAAAGUAUGUGUGGGAAUCUGGAAACACAACAACCAAUAUCUACAAUGAGCAAUUUAAAUAAAGUAUUAUUUUUACACUAUUUUAGUCUAACAGUGCUGGAAUCUAGGUCAGUUUUCUAGAUCUAAGCAUUCUAGACGUAGGCAUCACCAUUUUACAAUUUAGACUGCAACCCUUUAUGCACUUUCCUGAGUGUAAGCCCUAUUUUCCUUACUUCUGAGUCCAAUAGACAUAUUUAGGAUUGCAUCACUAAUCUUAAUUUUUUUAGUCUUCAAAAUCCCAAACUAAAUCUCACUGGAAGAGUCACACAUCUAUCCUGAAAAUCCAUAUGGAUUUUUAAAAUUCUAACUUAGCAUUUUGCAUUGCUCAGUGGGAACUAUUUCAAAGGAACUCCUGUUGGUGGGGGGAUCACUUUGUCAGCAUAGGAGCACUGUAGCACUACUGUGAUUGUGCCAGUAGCGUAGUGUGGGUUGUCAGCACCCGGGGCAAGGCAAGUAAUUUGCGCCCCCUAACCCGUGAGAGAGAGUGAGUGAGCCAGGUAGGGGCAGAGAGCUGCGAGUGCGAGUGCGCCCCCCACCAGAUGUUGCACCCGGUGCGGCCGGCCCCCCCUGCACCCCCCACGCUACGCCACUGGAUUGUGCAUCUUUCAUGCCUCACCCACUCAAGAAGAACUAUCUCCAAAGGAGGCUGGGAAGCUCUUUCCUUGUGCAUUUUUACACCCCCACAACAGUGUAUGGCUGUUUUGUUAUUGCCACUUUUGGUGGUGGUGCAACCAAACCCAUUGCCAUUUCUGUGCUAAAAAGGGCAGGUUGCAGGUGGUUGCUUAUUAAAGGUAAAGGUAAAGGUACCCCUGACAGUUAAGUCCAGUUGCAGACAACUCUGGGGUUGCACGCUCAUCUCGCUCUAUAGGCCGAGGGAGCCAGCGUUUGUCCGCAGACAGCUUCCAGGUCAUGUGGCCAGCACGACUAAGCAGCUUCUGGCAAACCAGAGCAGCACACGGAAAUGCCAUUUACCAUCCUGCCGGAGCAGUACCUAUUUAUCUACUUGCACUUUGACGUGCUUUCAAACUGCUAUGUGGGCAGGAGCAGGGACCGAACAACAGGAAUUCACUCCGUCGCGGGGAUUCAAACCGCCGACCUUCUGAUCGGCAAGCCCUAGGCUCUGUGGUUUAGACCACAGCGCCACCCGCGUCCCUAAGUAAUAAGUGGUUGCUUAUUACUCUGGUGGAAAGCUAAACUAAAGUGAAGAUUACAGCAAUAACUCUGCUGUAAUUUUUGGACUUCAUUAAGACAUUUCAAUUUUCUUUUCCACCUGGAAUUCUAAAGAGAAAUUAAUCUUGAUGAAUUUUAAAACUGGUAAAUCGCAGCAAGCUUUUUUUAAAAAACAACAACGAAUGACUAACCAAGUUAUUUUGCUUCCUAGAUCGCAUGUAUGGAACAUGUGAAAUAGACUGGGCAAAAGCUAACUUCUCAACCAUCUACAAGUCUUAUAUAGUGUCCAUUUUCAUCUGCUGUUUCUUCCUGCCUGUGUCUGUCAUGGUUUUCGCUUAUGUGUCCAUCAUCAAUACUGUCAAGUCGAGCCAUGCAUUAAGCGGAGCAGGUGACCCAACUGAUAGACAGAGGCGAAUGGAACGAAGCGUCACAAGGGUCAGUCUGGGCUUUUCUUUAGUCUGCAUUGGGUGGAGAAACUUUUAAAAGCCAUGGGCUGCAUUUCCUUCAGAGAAGUAGUCAGAGCAGCAUACAAGGGGUGGGUGGAAUUGAGGCCAGUGGUGGAUGGAGCUAAAGUCAAAAGUGGGACGGAUACUCCUUUUCUCUCUCUGCCACCCCCUUUCCUCUCAAACACACAUGCACACAGUGUGGCUGAAUACAAACCAUGCAUUUAAAGCACGUGACUUCCCCCAAAAGAAUCCUGAAACUGUAAUUUGUUGAGGGUGCUGGGAAAUGCAGCGCUUGUGAGGGGCAAACUAAAUUUUCUAAUAUAAAACACUUGUAAAGCUUAGACAACCUUAAAAUGUGAGGUAGCUAAGAGACAGAUAAUUCUAGAGGAUUGAAACCUAUUUAUUAGGUCUGUGGGCCAAUGAGACACUUGGAAAUACGAUCCAAGUCUCCCAGUUUUCCAGGACCACCUUCUUUACAGGGAUCCCUUGGGCAAGAAAGUGGAAACAGGCAAGUCUUGUUUUCUCUCCUCUAGGUCUCCAUAGUCAUUUGCACAGCCUUUAUCACAGCCUGGUCCCCAUACGCGGUCAUCUCCAUGUGGUCUGCCUAUGGUUACUCUGUGCCCAAUUUAACCAGCAUCCUCGCCAGCCUUUUUGCGAAAUCUGCCAGCUUCUACAACCCCAUCAUCUACUUUGGAAUGAGCUCCAAAUUCCGGAAGGACAUCCUCAUCUUGCUGCACUGUGCCAAAGAGAUCAAGGACCCCGUGAAGCUCAAGCGGUUCAAGAACCUCAAACAGAAACAGGAGAACUCGCCUUCUCAGAGAGAGGAGAAAUACGCGCCAGAAGUUCAUCCUGCACUGAGUCCUGAUUCUGGUGUGGGGAGUCGUUCUAACACCCCGCCUCCUGUCAACAGGGAGGUGUAUCUUGGUGCUUUUGAUACCCCGUCCAACAACCCUGAUAUCGAAUGCGACAGGCUGUGACCCGGCUGUUCAAAAUGUGCAGCCAGUGAACACAACCCAUAGGAUAAUGCUGCCCCAAUUUCUUUCACCCCUGCCCUUUCCUCUAGCACUUAACAUGACAUACCAGCUCGACUUCCAGUGAAGCAGGACACAUAAAACCAGCACUAAAAGCAUGUGCGGUACACAGGGGAGACUCCUAAAAAUUGCUGAGUGACUGAUUAAAUAUAAAGGUGAGCAGCACAUCUAGCCUGAGCAGGGAUUUGUUUCCCCCCCUGCAGCUGCAAAUGAAAGACGUUUUUGUGGGGAAAUCCAUUCACUGGCAUGUAAAAAAAGAAAAACAAAAUCACCAAUAUUUUCUCCACCUAAAUAAUAUAAUUCAGAAGUUACGUAUCUUUUGGGCUGGUUUUAUUUCUUGCUUAAAAUCCUGGCUUUAUUCACUUUGCUUGCAGUCUUCACAACAGUGCAUUUACUCAGGGGCCGGUCAGGAAAUAGCACUGCAAUGCUGCUUCACAGUCAGCCACCAGAGGGUGGAUAGUCUUUUAACGUACUCCCUGUGGGAGACUAAACAUUUCAGAUCCCAGGUGCUGCCUACUGGAGAGCAGUUAUGAGAACCAAAACCCUUGUUCUUAAGUCUGAAGGCUGCCGCUGAGCCACUAGAGCCGAAGUCCUGAGUCCUUAAUCGCAGGUGCAGUUAGGUCAUUUUAGACUCCGGACUUAACGGUCUUAUGGAGGAAAGCCCUCUUUAGAUGCAUCAAUUCACUUACUUCCGAACACUGCCUGCCAGUGGGGAGAAGGGGCCUUCCUGUUCCUCUUCUGAAUGGGGCCCUUGGACUUCUUUCCCCAAAGCCCCACUUUGACAGAAACUCAGGCCACAGGUGAGAUCUAAUAAACUGCCCUGCAUGCCAUAUUGACGACCCGGUGCUUUUCAUGCCUGUUGCUAUUGCUACCAUGUUUUCCCGCCUGAAUUAAGAAGUACAAAUGACACCUUUGCCCUGCUAAUUUUGGGUAAUAUGUAGAGGCGGCAGAUCGAGGCGAGGAAACGGCAUCCCUCUUUGUCCUCAGAAGCAGCUUCACCUAGCUUUACUGAUUUAUGAUUAUAUCCAUAUACCGCCACUUAAAAAAAAAUCACAGCAGUUUACAACCAUUGUACAUAAAACCAUAUAAUACAAACCAUUAUUCUAUUUAAAAAAGACAAAUCAAAGAUCAACUAACUACCGCAGAAGGUUUUUUUCUUAAUUGCCAACACCAGCUUCAUGGCAAAACCACAACAGAUCAAACCAAACCAAGAAAUGAGUUUAAUAGGUAGCAGGAAGGUAUGUACCUUGUUUUGUCUUAAAUAAUUGCAGGUGCAGAAGAACCUAAUUCUUACUGGGAAGACAUACUUCUUUCUUUAAACAAGGCUCCAAAAUACAUGGGAGUGGGGAGACUCUUAUGAUAAUUGGUGGGAGGCCGGCGACAUCCAUGGGUUGCCAUCCCAGUAAGAAUGAGGCUCCUUUAUAAACAUUUGAGGAAUAGCAAGUUAUGCAGCUGCAUGCUAUGUCCCUAUUUUGGCCCUCAUAGAAUUAUCUUCUCCCUAAACCUUCUGCCAACCAGGACAAGACCCUAAUAUUAAUAAAAGAGAGAGAUUGGGAUUUGUAUUGUUUAUCUCUCCACAGAAAAGGGGGGUGUUGUUCAUGCAGGGGGGAAGAAAAUCCCCAGCAAAACCCUAAUAGGCAUACUUUAUUUUUUGUGAAGUAAACAGAAAUUUCACAGGAGAGGUCUUAUAUUUAUACAAAGGUGCUAAGGCUAAGUAGGAACUGCUGUUGUAGUUAGCAGUAAGUCUGGGGCAUACAAAUUUUGGGGGAUACCUAGGGUCUCUCUAUGAUCAGCAUUUGAGGGGUUUACUUGCCCUUCUAUCAGAGAGCCCUUAAAAUGCCAGUGAUGAGACCAGGAGCUGCAGUCAUGCGCCAUGAAAAGCACACUGCUUCACUAUAUAAAGAGAGAGAAAGAGAGCUCUUUGUGUUUUUAAAAUGAUUUGGCAUGGAUUUCAGGCCCUGGUGCAGCAUUUUCAACAUGGAUAUGAACAACUUUCUUUCUCAUUUGGCUUUUUAUACAAAGACUGCCAUGACAACAGCACAGUAUCCAUGAGUGGGCACAUGUGAUAAAGAUCUGUGCUCUGGAAUAUUCUUUUUUCAUGCACCCAUAGAAUCAUAUUUGUACAUUUGGCCACCAAAUGUGGUGUGUGUGUGUGGGGGGUCAUUAUCAUUUUUAAAACUUGUGGAAUUUUACACUCACUGGCAUGAAGGGAGGGGGCGGGGGAGAGCCUAAUGUGUCUUUGCAAAAGCUACAUUUUCUAUUUGUAUUCCUUGGGAUGGUUACAAAAAAACCUUCCUUUCCUCCCUCAGCAUGUUUGUUUUGAGAUUAUCAUCUCUAAUUUCAAUUUUAAAACAAAUAAACUUUAUAAGC